UAAAAUGUUAAGUAGUUUGGUAUGAUCAUGAUACCGAAGAGUUUUUUUUCUCUCUCAUAUAGGCUGGCGUUAUAAAAUGCAUUUAAGAUACAAACAAAGAAUGCGUUGCUGUUGUAUUGUUAUUAUUUUGGUUUUUGCUGUGCGUAUUGUAUGCUGCUUCCUCGGUUCGUCUUAUUCUUAUUUGACGCUGCUAGGCUAAGUUCUCGCUAAAAACCAAAUUAAGGAUUGGUAGUUUGGCCACAUAGGACACCAUGUAUCAUCAUAAUCCAGACCCCCAGAUGGUGUAUGGACAGACAACAGUGCCGAAUAACAACUCUCAGCCACUAACAUACUUGACGUUCAUCGCAGCCGAUCGACAACAAGCAGCCUCUCAGGGGUGUAGUAGAGCGUUUAUGAUCGUGGGUGCGUUGAUGUUUGUGCUCGGCAUUGCACUUGCUACACAGAGAACCAACAUCCUGGGGUUCAUGCUUCUCUUAAGCGGGUUAUUGUUCAUUUUCCUCGGAGCCACCGCUCGUCGACGUGCUAGACAGAACAUGAUGAAUGCGAAUCCAUUAAGCGUGCAACCUGUGCAGUACACGCAAGGACACGCAAUGAUCACAUAUGCACCGGUGCCUGCAUACCCGUACCCAAACAGACCGAUGCAACCUGGAGCAACGCCGUUGUCACCGUCUGCAAGCUACAUACCGUGCGAUUUGCCAACAUACGAUGCAAAUGGAUAUUCUGUGCUAAGACCAGAUAUUGAUACAUCUUCUCAGCCUGCACUGGUGCCAGAUGCGUGUACGAUGUACCCACAACCAGCCUAUCAGCCACUUAGUAGUGUUGAUAUGUCUGCUGGACAUACAGAGAAGGCAGAUGGAACUACGCCGAUGUCUAAAGAAUCAACAGCCAGCACACACCACAACGUUCAAUAAUUGGACCAAAGCUGCUAAAGACCAUAGAAACCCUGGUUCCUAAAGUGGUCUUUAAUUGGUGGGAGACCUGUUUUUAGAAACCAGAAUAAUGAGGUUAGCAUUUGAAAUUCUCAGUAUUGUGCAAUUUGAUGUAACCAUGAAUAUAUCCACUUCGUAUUUUAAAAGUGUAAAAAACUUUUUAAUUGUGACAAAAUGUAAUUACAUAAAUCAUGUUAAUAUUGAUCUUGUUUGCCAUAAAUGUAACUUUGUGUACGCAAUAUUGAAUGUAUACAGCAGCGUAGCUAGAUUAGAAUGGGCCCCAGUGCAAGAUUAAUUUCAGGGCCCUGUGAUGUGAACCGAGGGCCAUAGACCUGAGUUAUGGCUAGUGGAGGGGUGAUGGGAGCCGUAAAUUUCUCCUGCGGGUAGGGUAAUAAUAAAGAAAAUCCAGGUAACAUAAAUUAAACAAUUACGGUAGUUCUUGGAAUUAAAAAUUCAUAAUUAUGGCACCUCUAGAUGGCCAAAAAUGGUACAUUUCUUAGACUUAAUUUUAAAUCAAAAUAUUCUUUUUUAUGUAUAAUUUUUUUUUUUUUAUAAUUUAAAAAAAUUCAAUGGGGCUGGGCCGGCUGUUCCCUUGAAUUAACCACUGAAUUGAAAUUAACAAAGCAGUUAAUAAUUUCUCCUUUCAAAACCUAAAUAUUAUUGAGGACCCAUUGGCCGUUUCCUUAUUAAAAAAUAUUAAGUUGGAAAUUAUUUUUAGGCCUAUUUAUGGAUGGACCCCUAAUAGCCCAGGGCCCCAGUGCUUUGCACUGGCUGCGCUGCCCAUCCCUACGCCGCUGAAUGUAUAGUUUUUUUGGAUUGUUUUACAUUUGUUAGUAGAACAAAAAAUGUGUUGACCAAGGGUAACUAUUCCAAAAUCUUAAUAGUUUAAAAAAAUGUUGACCAAGCUGAUCAUAACUGUUAUUUUAUAACAAACCAAAUCACAGUGUUCGCGAAAGAAUGUUUUGAGUUUGCUGCGAGGGCUGUGAGGGAGUAGCGUAUCUUAGUCGACUAAACUUGUAAUAGAUACUGUGUGUGUGCUAAUACGUGAAGAUCUCUGCAACACUUUAACCUCUUAUUCAAUUCUUGUUUCAGCUGGAGGAUUGAGAUGCCUGUUUGAGUUACGCACCGUGUAUCAGAUGAGACGUUUGAGCCAUUUCUCCCAUGUGCAAUAUGGAUCAUAUGCUAUGGCCCAUGUGUCAUAUGGCCCAUGUGCAAUAUGGCCCAUGUGCAAUAUGGACCAUGUGCUAUAUGGCCCAUGUGCUAUAUGGCCAUGUGCUGUAUGGCCCAUGUGCAAUAUGACUCAUGUGCUAUAUGGCACAUGUGCUAAAAAACUCAUGUGCAAUAUGGACCAUUUUUUUUAUUUUUACAUGUGAAUUUAAUAUUUACCUUGAUGUUUGGCCCCUAUGGGUAAGGCAUGAUGUGUCAUGUGCUUAACUUUUAUGAUAGGCAAUGUAUAAUUGUAAUUUUGAAUAAUUACAGCAUUAAUAAACACAUUGACUGCCACAGAUGGAUGUAGUCACAUGAUAAGGUGUCGCUGAGGGCGCUGCUGCAACAGAACGAAGCACUUUUUUAUAUUCUAUCUCUAACAUUAUGGUGGAAUCUGCUUGAAGUUUUUUUCAUAGGCUUAAGCAUAAACUGCAUGGCAGCCAAUGUGUUAAUGUCGCAUUAUUCAAUUAUUUUUCAAUUAUUAUCUGCAAUGUGAAUAGACAUUUUUAGAAGUAGAGUGUGUGUGUAUAUGUGUGGAUUAGUGUAAUGCAAUUUUUCUUUGCAGUUCGGUGCUAAUGUUUUGUAAGCUAAGUGUGUAUUGAAUAAACGUUAUCGUCGAGGUAAAAAAAAAUAUUA